AUGCAUCUUGUAGGUGCAACCAAUGGUGACCAAGUGGUUAACACGCAUGAUUAUUGAGAAAUCAGUCAUGAGUUCGAUCCCACAUGCUUCCUACUUUUUUUUUUCGAAGUGACAACAUAAUCAAAUAUGUUCUCAAGGCGUUGAAUAUGACAUAAAAGGUUCUCUAGACUGGUCUCCUUGAAAGAAAUUGUCUCAAGGCUUGGCUCCUUGAAGCAAACAGUCUCAAGGUUCGGCUGCUUGAAAUACAUCACCUCAAGGCUUGGCUCCUUGAAGAAAACAGUCUCAAGGCUCGGCUCGUUGAAGCAAACAUUCUCAAGGCUCGGCUGCUUGGACUACAUCACCUCAAGGCUUGGCUGCUUGGACUACAUCACCUCAAGGCUUGGCUGCUUGGACUACAUCACCUCAAGGCUUGGAUCCUUGAAGCAAACAGUCUCAAAGCUCGGCUCCUUGAAACAAACAUUCUCAAGGCUCGGCGGCUUGGACUACAUCACCUCAAGGCUCGGCUGCUUGGACUACAUCACCUCGAGGCUUGGCUCCUUGAAGCAAACAGUCUCAAAGCUCGGCUCCUUGAAACAAACAUUCUCAAGGCUCGGCUGCUUGAAAUACAUCACCUCAAGGCUUGGCUCCUUGAAGCAAACAGUCUCAAAGCUCGGCUCCUUGAAACAAACAUUCUCAAGGCUCGGCGGCUUGGACUACAUCACCUCAAGGCUCGGCUGCUUGGACUACAUCACCUCAAGGCUUGGCUGCUUGGACUACAUCACCUCAAGGCUUGGCUGCUUGGACUACAUCACCUCAAGGCUUGGCUGCUUGGACUACAUCACCUCAAGGCUUGGCUGCUUGGACUACAUCACCUCAAGGCUCGGCUGCUUGGACUACAUCACCUCAAGGCUUGGCUCCUUGA